AUUUUGAUUUAAUCGUUGGUGUUGUUCGGUGUGGUUUGUGGUCGGUGUUUACAAGUGUCACCUCUGGUCUCCUUAGUGUUGAAAGGAAACAAAGUUUUUCCUAAUUUACCGAAAGACGAUUGAUAGAAUUUCUUAAACUGACGGGGUUUCGAAGAAUCUUAACUCAUCGUUCGUUGAUAGUGAUUCAAGGGACAUGGCCUCGGCUACCAUAUCACCGACCGAGGACGAUGAAUUGACCCUACCUCGUGCGUCGAUCAAUAAAAUGAUCAAAGAGAUAUUACCACACGUGCGCGUGGCCAAUGAAUCGCGGGAACUGAUUUUAAAUUGUUGCACGGAAUUCAUCCAUUUACUGUCCUCGGAAGCGAACGAAAUUUGUAAUCAACAACAAAAGAAAACAAUAAAUGCCGAGCAUGUUCUUCAGGCACUCGAAAAACUUGGUUUCGGGGACUAUAGUGCGGAAGCGGAGGCAGUUUUACGAGAUUGUAAGGCUGUCGCGGCUAAACGAAGACGUCAAAGCACAAGAUUGGAAAACUUGGGAAUUCCGGAGGAGGAACUUUUAAGGCAACAACAAGAAUUGUUCGCAAAAGCGAGAGAAGAACAGGCAGUGGCCGAACAACAACAAUGGCAACAACUACAAGCAGUCGCGCAAAUGGCCUCGAUGCAACAGGCCGAUAGUGAACAAGAAGAUUACUCAUAGACGUUCCAAGAAGUCAAGCGUGUCCGUUGACUACUUUGCAACGGUGUUAAUUGAACUACAGUACGAAAACGAGUGUAUUUUCGCUUCAGUAUAUCCGAAACAAUGGGACGCUUCAUGGUAUUUCUUUUCCUUCUUUCGAUUUAUUGACUUUCAUACACAUUAUUUAUGUAAAGGAAAUCAUUGUAUCCCUAUCAUUCUGAUCUGUGAUGUUUUUCCAUUAUAAACUCUUUGAAGACGUUUA